AUGCGCCUCCUCGUAGGAGCAUGCCACGGGCAGAAGAAGAAGCAGCAGCUGACGAAGAGGAUGGAUUCUUCGAUGCGGUCCGCGACAGAGAGCGAAAAGAAAACCUCUGGCCGCUCCAAGUCCAGGGCCAAGUCCAAGUCCAAGAAAAAGUCCUCGCGGCGAUCCUCAAGGCGGGCCCGCAAACGCAGUACAAUCUCUCUAGGCGUCGCCGAGGUGGAGGAUGCGGUCCCGUCGCUGUCCGUGGAAUCCCGUCGGCCUAGUACGUCCACGCUGGCCGAGGCGUCGACGAAGUCCUCGACUGGACGGCACAAGCACCCUCGAGCCGCGAGCGAACGGACGUCGAUCGCUGGGAGUAUGGGCGUCACUGAGGACCAAAGCGUCAUCGCUAACUCAGAGAUACCUCGAUCAGCGCUGACAUUUCUGCCGGCAGCAUCGGAGUCGAUGGCGGCGCUCGCAUCGCCUGAGCCAGCGGUGCCCGCUUCGCACCAGAUACCCGAAGAGGACCUGGUUUCGCGGGCGCCACUGGCCACCCUGCCACCUCCGGCAAUGAUGCCAACGCGUCCUUUCACACAGAGUAAUGAGGCAACCAAGGGCGCGGUGGCAAAGCACGAGUCCGUGAUGAAGACAGGCAUGACCACGGGACACGACAGUUUUACCCCUCUCAGCGGGAUCGUCCCGUGGCGGAAAGACGUCCAACCAGACCUCGUCGAUGUCACCGAAAGCGGCCCGUCAAUGCCUCAGUGGUUCAUCACGGCUCUCAUCGCACUCAUCGCCUGCACCAUCGCGUUCGCCCUCUUGCUGAGCAGAAUGUUCCUACCAGACGUGAGAAGCGUCCCGUGCAAGACGCACGAGUGCCUCGAGUACGGGCGCCGACUUGCCUCCUCGCUGAACACAUCGGUCAGUCCCUGCCACAGCUUCACCAACUUCGUCUGCGAUGGCUGGCGGCGAGAGAGCGCGCUCUCGGUGCAGGACGACCUCGUGUGGGAGACCCUGGACCGUAUCGGGCGCCUGGUGCACCGUAUCAAGGUCCCCAGCAGUGGCCAGAAUGACUUGCAGAGGGCGGCCGCCGCCUACAAGAGCUGCUACGACGUCGCCCAGGGCAAGAGAGAUGAAUUCCCCGCCGUGAGGCAAGCCCUGGCCGAAGCCGGCAUCACGUGGCCACGCCGUCCCAGCAAAGUCGACGUCCUUCGCGUGGCCCUGUACGCAAGCGUCAAGCUCGGCUGGGACGUCUUCCUGCGCGUAUUUCCCAUGCAGGUCGAUGGUCGCGAUGUGGUGGUCGUCAGUCGCGGCGGGUCCUUCGUGCAGCUAAACCAUCAGUUCACGAUGCAGAGGACAUUAGUCGAGAAGGAAGACUUCUUUUACGCGCUCAAAAAUAGUUUUGAAAACGGCGACGUGGGCGACGAAGCGACCUUCAGGGAGUUGACUCACAUUGAGAAGAUAGCCAUGGGAGAGCUGUCGCAGGUGUACAACGUCAUAACAGCGCCAGUAGACCUGCCGCCUGGCACCUUCAGCAGGUGGGGGUCGCAGAGUCUCUCCGAGAGCAGCUGGCGCCGCGUCCUCGCAGAACUCGACUUCAAUGCGACCGGCGACUUGAUCUUCCGCGUACUGAUGCUAAAGUACGUGAAAGCAUUCAUCGAGCUGUGGCACAUUCUCGGUGACACGAACCUGUACUGGCUAGUCUCCUGGGGCACAGUGCAGGUGGCAGCGCUGUACGCGAACCAAGACCUUAUCCUAGCGUUUUACGGUGAAACGAAAGCUCUAGCCUUGGUUCGUCAAGGUGCCUUCUGUUUGAGCAGAGCCUACCAUUUCUCGAGACACACCCUCUCCCACGAAUACAGCGACAAGGCUUUAAACAUGCACACGCUCACCGCUGCCGGACAACUCGCUCUCCGGGUUCGCGAAGCCGUGCACCAGCUACUAUCGACGUGGAUUCAUUACGACCAGAGCAUCCCUGUAGUAGCCGAUUGGCACUCGCUGGACACGUCGUUCGGCGCGUUCCGCAGCCAAAGCGAAGUCAGCGCGAGCCAUGGCGCCAACCAUUCACUCGCGCCUCAAUCUCUGGAUUUGGGCGACUCCUUUGUUGCGAACUGGCGCAAGUCAGUCCUGGUGCCCGACUGGAGUGAGUGGGACGAGGCCGUCGUAAGCGCCAUCGCGUCGCUCGAGUUUGCCGCGUUGCGGCCGGGAGAGGACUUUCAAGUGAUGGUCUACUCCCUGACCUUCCUGCACUUCAACCUCGACCUGGUUCCCGCGCUUAACUAUGGAGGCCUGGGUUUAGGAGUUGCCCAGGCGCUGGGCAUGCUAUUUAUCUCCGCCUACCUGCUGGACGCCUCCAGGCGCAAGCACAUCAGUGCCCUGUUGGACUGCGUUACGGCCGGAAGCUUCUUGCACGGCCGGAACGCCAUGGUUGCCUUGGCCGAGAUUAUCACUAGCAAAGCACUGAUUAGCGCCUACAUGAGUGGUGCGCAGCAGGAUGGCGAUCGACUUAUGGGACUGGAAUCAUAUGAAAACAGGCAGCUCUUGUUCAUCGCUGCCUGCUAUAUGAAAUGCGAGGUCACGCAAAAGGCAAGCGUGCUCGGACUGUGUGACUCGAGCUUCCAAUUCGUACCAGAGUUUGCUGAAGCUUUCGACUGUCCUCCAGGAACACCCUUGAACCCAUUGAGACAGUGCAGACUGUAGAGUUCAUAGGUUAACCCAUUAUUGCACUGCAGUACUGCCACUCAUCUUCAAGGCAUCCAUGCUUAGGCUGAUAUAUUUAUAUUCAUUCUCAUUUUUCUUUGAACUCUCGUCCGGCUUCAUCGCACAAUGCUUGAUCUUUACAUCGCUGCAUGCAAUGUCUCGAUAAUUCAGUUUUAAAUAAUCUUACAUUUAUUUCAUUUUUCCCGCCUACUCAUGCUAAAAUACGUGAAAGCCUUCGUCGAACUCUGGCACAGCAUUCUCGGUGACACGAACCUGUACUGGCUAUAGUCUCCUAGAGUACAGUGCAGGUGGCAGCGAUGUACGUGGACCAAGCCUUUAUGCUAGCGUAUUUUUAACACUCCUAUUUUGCAUCAAGGUAUUACUGUCUGCCUCUGACUUGAUUUCAAGUGGGAGCUAGGCAUUCGAAUUCGUUUAAAUGAUACCGCGCACUGCAAACAUAUUUUGAGUAAAACCAUGUGUGGUUUUUAAACUUAA